ACUCAACCAUUUAUCUUGCAGGUGGCCAUUUUCAAGGAACCAUUUCCAGGCGGCACGAAGCGAUUUUUAUGUGGAGCUUCUCUUAUCAGUCGUCAAUAUGUGCUCACCGCAGCUCACUGCUUUGAUGGCGAGAGAGGAAACGUUGAUCCAUCAAAGUUUUCAGUUGUGGUCGGUUCUCAUACAACAAAAGACGGCGUGGAAUAUGCUGUUGAGAACAUUCUCGUUCAUCCUGAGUAUCAGAAUCGCCAGUACUACAAUGACAUCACGCUGAUUCGUGUAAAGGAAGAAGUUAAACUGAGUAAAAAAGUCUAUCCUGUCUGUGUGCCUUCGGAUGGUCUACGAGCCAAGAUAAGAACAGAUCUGAACAAUGUUACAGUUACCGGGUGGGGAGACACAUCUUUUGGAGGCGUAAGAAGCAAAGUCUUACACGAAGUAAGCAUCCCAAUAGUGCCUCUUAAAGAAUGCAACAAUUCUUAUUCAAAAGUAGCACUCACCAGUUUUCCGAAGGGUAUAACAAAUCUUUUCAUCUGCGCUGGAGAACAAGAAGGAGGCAAGGAUGCCUGCCAGGGAGAUUCUGGUGGUCCAAUGGUUACCACACUGAAGGAUAAUGCAUGGGUUCAGCUUGGCGUUGUUUCUUUUGGAUAUGGAUGUGCACAACCUGGUUUCCCUGGUGUCUAUACAAGAGUCUCCCAGUAUACCAAAUGGCUUUAUGAUAAUACAGAUUUAGGUCAACUGUAACUGCAACAAUUACUUAAAGAGGAUGAGAAAUUAUUGUGUCAAAGUGACUAGCUUUGACAGAUAUAAUUGUACAAACAGAAGAAAGAUAUAAUUGUACAAACCAACAAACAUGCUAGGACAUUGGUUUGAAAUGCUGCCGAUAAUUCAUAAAAUGUUUAUGUUUUGCCAUAUUAUUAAUGAGCACAUUAAAAAAGGCCCAUAUUUAUACAGAUGGAAUAAAAGACAAGCCUUGAAUAUCUUGAGUACAUUCAAAUUUUUAUAUAUGAAACUAAUUAUGAUUUCCAGCAGUCAGUCUAAACAUUGCAUUAUUAUACAGUCUAAGCAUAUUAAGAUUUCCUCUGCUAUCUGACAGUAUAACACUUAACAGUAAUAUCAUAUGAAAAAUUUAUAUACUGACUUUCAUAAAAGCAAAUAUAAUUUCUUUGAUUCUCAUAUUUUUAUAUUAUUUAGUUACAUUCAUUAAUUCAAUAAUUAUCAAAGCACUGCCAUCAUGAAAUACUUCUAUUGAAAAGUUAUUCUACAAAUCAUUACUCCUUUAAAAAAAAAAAAAAAAAAAAAUUAAAGCUUCCGAUUACAGUUUAAUAGCUGAAAGAGUUUACCAAUAUAUUAAAAAAAAGUUUGCAAAAUACUUUAAAAAUAUGAAAGUAAAAUAAUAAUAAUAAUAAUAAUAAUUGCAUUAUUCAACUGGUUUCGGUUUACACUGAUUUUCAACUUAUUAAAGUUUAAUGUGCAAACCUAUUCUUAAAAUAAAUAGUUUUAAUUAACUUGAAUCCCUGAGAGGAUUAAGAAUUAACCCUGCCACCUGGAGAUUCAAGAUAUAUAAUAUAAAACUCAAAAUUUAAAGUGAGCUAUCAAACUGUAAGAUUAAAAUUUACUAUAAUACUGUCACAUCAUAAUUCCCCAUGACUCAUAUGCUUAUCUAAUAAAGGAAAGAAUUAUUCAAGAUA